UCAAAAAGAUGCUCAAAUUAUUUUGUUUCUUGCAGCUUGAUCUAAAAACUUUAUCCGUUACAAUCCGUUUCUUACGGGCCAAAUCUCCUGAGCAACGGGCAGCUGUGGACUUGGACACCCACUACUCAGAGGUGAUGGACUCACAAAAUCAAAAUCCCUUCUUCCUUGACAUUUUACAAGACAAUGAACAAGGUUUUGAGUCUUUUGACAGUAGUAAUUUGAUGUCCACUCCGCAUUCAGACGUCAAUGUCCAUCAAUCUCCACCCCAAGUUGAAAUGGGACAAUCUAUACCCCCCAUUGCAAAAAAAUCAACUACUAAGAGAGGUCAACGGGGAAUCAACUUCACCGUAGAUGAAGACAUUAAGCUAGUGUCAGCGUGUCUCAAUGUUAGCUUAGAUGCCGUGACAUCGACAAACCAAAAACACACAACAUUUUAG